AUGACAAUAGACGCAGAGAUAUUUGAAGACCAUCAGAAUGAUACGGAAGAAGUAGACCAAAGUAUAAUGAGAGAAGAGUUUGAUAAGGCAUUAAUGGAGCUGAAGAACAAAAAAACACCCGGAGUUGAUGAAAUUCCUGCGGAACUUAUACAAAAUUGUGGAUAUAACACUAAAAAGAUCAUUUAUGAAAUGAUUAAAAAAUGCUACGAAACUGGACAAGUGCCAAGUGAUUUUACAAAGUGUAUAAUUGUACCAAUUCCAAAGAAAACAACGGCAAAAACAUGUGAACAACAUAGAACACUAAAUUUAAUAUCACAUGCGUCAAAAAUCCUUACCCGAAUUGUGUUAAAAAGAAUGGAACCAGUAAUAGAUGAACUGCUAACUGAGGAACAAUUUGGCUUUAGAAGAGGAAAAGGCACUAGGGAAGCUAUUUUAGCACUAAGACAAGUUAUUGAAAAGCAGAAUAGAAAAAGAAAAACAACUUUUAUAGCUUUCGUCGAUUUGAAAAAGGCUUUUGAUAAUGUGGAUUGGAAAACGAUAUUUUAAAUCUUGAAAAAAGUCGGGGUGACAUAUAAGGAUGGAAGAAUAAUUAAAAGCUUAUACAAACAAGAAAUAGGAGUGAUACGAUGUGAAAACAGCCGGGAAGAAGCAGAAAUUAGGAAGGGAUGUACGCUGUCUCCGUCCCUUUUUAACCUGUACGUUCAAGAAGCGGUGAAUAAAGUAAGAGAAGAAAUUGAAGUAGGGAUAAGGAUAAAUGGUGAAAGAAUAGAUAUGCUAAGAUUUGCAGAUGACAUAGCGGUAAUAACAGAUAAUGAAGAGGAUCUACAGAAUAUCUUAGAAAUAAUGAACUUAGCAAUGAAAAAUGAAUACAAUAUGAAAAAUAAACAAAGCAAAAACGAAAGUCUUUGUUUGUAG